GAUAUUGCGAAAAUAUUCGUAGCAAGAAAAUUCACUGACCAAAACAAAAAUUUAUACAAUUAUUAAUAUCUGAGUUCUCUUCGUGUUUAAAACAUUUAAUUUCUCCAAAAUGAAUAGCGUGAUAGUUCCUGAAGUCGAAUAUCCUGGCUUCAACUUCAGCAAUUGCCGAAGAAAUGAGAAUCUUUUCAACGAUGGAUUUAAACCUCCUAAAGCCACAAAGACUGGAACAACGAUUGUUGGAAUUAUUUUCAAAGAUGGUGUUGUCUUAGGUGCUGAUACAAGAGCAACUUCUGGUAAUAUUGUUGCUGACAAGAACUGUGAGAAAAUUCAUUUCUUAGCUAAGAAUAUGUACUGUUGCGGUGCAGGAACUGCCGCUGAUACAGAAAUGACAACUCAGAUGAUCGCAAGUCAAUUGGAACUUCAUCGUUUGAGUACCAAUCGAGUUGUUCCAGUUCCUUGUGCCGCAAGAUUGUUGAAACAGUAUUUGUUCCGUUAUCAGGGCUAUGUCUCAGCUGCUCUUGUACUUGGUGGUGUUGACAGCCAAGGUCCACACAUCUAUUCAAUUCAUCCCCACGGAUCAACAGAUCGUGUACCUUAUGCAACAAUGGGUUCCGGAAGUUUGGCAGCAAUGUCAGUUUUCGAGUCACAAUGGAAACCAGAUAUGACUGAAGAAGAAGCAAUGAAGCUUGUUCGUGAUGGAAUCGCUGCUGGAAUUUUCAACGAUCUUGGUUCAGGAUCCAACGUUGAUCUUUGCAUCAUAAAGAAGAAUUCUUGCAACUACUUGCGCAACUAUGAGUUGUCAAAUCAAAAGGGAGAACGAAAAAUCGAUUACACUUACAAACGUGGCACAACUGGAGUUUUGUCAGUAAAGAAAAUUCCUUUUGAAGUUGUUGAAGAAUCUGUUGCAUCAUCAUCCGGAGUUUUGAAAUAUUUCAGAAAUGAAAAUCUAAUCAAUGAUGGAUUCAAACCUCCAAAAGAAACUAAAACUGGAACUACAAUUGUUGGGCUUAUUUUUAAAGAUGGUGUUGUCUUAGGAACUGACACAAGAGCGACGUCGGGUGGAAUUGUUAUGGAGAAAGAAUGUCAGAAAUUAUAUUACAUUCAGGAUAACAUUUUUGGAUGUGGAGCUGGCACGGCAGCUGAUAUGCAAAUGACAUUAAAAUAUGUAUCAGCAAAUAUGACAUUGCAACGACUGAAUACAAAUCGUAAAUUUGUGCCGGUUGCAGCUGCUGUUACCUUUGCAAAACGUUUCUUAUUCCGAGCUAACGGAAGGUUUAAAUGUUGGUUGAUAUUUGGUGGUGUUGAUAACGAUGGACCUCAUAUAUGGUCAUGUGAAAAUCGUGGUAGCUCGAGUAGCGUUCCUUAUUCUGCUUUGGGUUCGGGUCAGCUUCCUGCAAUGUCAGUUUUGGAAUCAAGGUGGAGACCAGAUUUGAGUGAAGAAGAAGGAAUUGAAAUGAUACGUGAUGCAGUUCGAGCUGGAAUAUUCAACGAUCUUGGUUCGGGAUCCAUGGUUGAUAUUUGUGUCAUUAAAAAAAAUUAUCACAAAUUUAUCCGCAAAUAUGAUUUGCCUAUUAAAAAGGAAAUUCGUUCUAAUGAUUACACACCCCAACGUGGUACAACGGGAAUCUUGUCAACUAAAACGUUUGCCAUUGAUAUUGUUGAUGAAAAGGUCAUUGAAAAAGAAGACAUGGAAGUAGAUUAA